CCCGAUAACGUUCAACAAAAUGGCAUUAAGAGCGGCGUUCGGACUCUCGCAUUCAUUUCCAAGGGUUCAACCAGUUUCUAUGGCCACUAUCAGACCCUCACACGCCUUCUUUACGCCAUUCAUCCCUCGCACUGCCGGACCCAGCCGAUCACUCCUCACUUCCUCCCCUUUCACCGCCCGAUCUUCUCCUUUGCCUCAAUCUCCCCCCCUAUCCAGCCUUCUCACCAAGAGAUCAUUCACUUCUUCAACCAACUCUCUCAUCAGAUCAACUUACUUCCCACGGGGAGGUCGGUCGGGUGGUAAUGGUUAUGGUUCGGGGGGUGGUGGACCCCAAGGACCUUGGGCGUGGUUCACAAGGCUUAGGAGAAGGAUCGAUAGGAUACCGACCAUGACGCUUGUAUAUGGGCUGAUCGGUAUCAAUGGAGCUGUGUUUUUGCUUUGGCAAUAUGCUCUCUCCUCCGCUCAACGAUUCCGUGAUCCUUCACUCUUAUAUUUUUUAAGAAACAAUUUUAUCUUAAAUGAAGUCAACGUCUUUUCCGGGAGAAUAUGGACACUGGUGACGAGCGCCUUUUCCCAUAGUAAUGGUACACAUAUCUUUGUCAAUUGUUUAGGUCUUUACUUUUUGGCCCCUGCAGCCGCUUCAAUUAUGGGCUCCGCCUCGUUCCUUGGCCUUUAUCUGGGAGCCGGUGUAUUCUCCUCCCUCGUCUCGCUCGGUUACCAUCGCUUCUCCCGACACAGGUGGUGGGGUAGUGAAGGCGCUUCUGGCGCUAUUUACGCAUGUCUCGCGUACUAUGGUGCUCUAUUCCCUAAUUCUCAGGUGUUGAUGUUCUUCGUCAUCCCUAUGCCUGUAUGGGUUGCUAUUGGUGGUAUCUUUGCUUGGGAUUUUUACUCUGCUGUCCAGAGACCCAAUUCGGGAACUGACUCUGCGGGGCAUUUGGGUGGGAUUAUCUAUGGUUUGGGGGCCGCUAUGGCUUUGAAGAGAGGUGGAUUUAUGAGGAUGAUGAGAGGUGGUCGAUCCAGGUGGUAAAAUACUAGUAUUCGUACUUCUCAAUCAUUACUAUAAAAAAUCUGAGGGAAGUAUGGACAUGUGAAGC